AUGAGCAACAACACUUCGGAGCCACAGUAUGGCUCCAAAAGCAGUGCUGCCGAGAUGCAUACUGUCAUGCAUAGCGAGAACACCCAGGCUGGCACGGCAUGGAAGACGACAAAGCCAGCAGACGGUGACACAGCCAUGGCGCUCUUCAACGAUCCAGACGAGCUUCAUGAAGAGAUUGACCCAGCGGAGGCGAGAAAAGUGCUGUGGAAGAUUGACUUGAUGAUUCUCCCGUAUCUUGCAGUUUGCUAUGCAUUCUUCUACAUUGACAAGACCACCCUGAGUUAUGCAGCAAUAUUUGGACUUGUGGACGACCUCGAGCUUCAUGGAACGCAGUAUAGCUGGCUUAGCAGUAUCUUCUACUUUGGUUUCCUGGCUUGGGCAUUCCCUACCAACUUCCUGCUGCAGCGUUUGCCAAUUGGGAAGUACUUGGGCGCUAAUAUAUUUAUGUGGGGAGUCUUCCUCAUGAUCCAAGCGGCAUGCCAUAACUUUACUACGCUUGCCGUUCUUCGAGCUCUAGGAGGUGCCGCAGAAGCGUGCGCCGAUCCAGCGUUCAUGCUGAUCACCAGCAUGUUCUACACUCGGAGAGAGCAGCCGGUGCGUAUUGGGCUGUGGUAUACGGCCAAUGGGCUUGGUAUCGCACUUGGUGGCCUGCUGGGUUACGGAAUUGGCCAUAUCAAGGGUGCGCUUCCUUCAUGGAAGUACGAGUUCAUCAUCAUCGGUGCCCUCUGCUCUGCUUGGGGUAUCAUCAUGUUCAUCUUCCUCCCCGAUUCGCCCGUCUCAGCACCCGGUCUCACCGCACGAGAGCGUCGGAUUGCCGUUGAACGGCUGAGGGAGAACCAGACCGGAGUGGAGAACAAGCAUCUCAAACCGUAUCAGAUCCUCGAAGCGUUCAUGGACUACAAGCUCUACAUCUUCUUCCUUCUGGGAUGCGUCAGCAACAUCCCCAACGGCGGGAUCUCGAACUUUGGAACCCUGAUCAUCCAAGGCUUCGGCUUCUCGACUCUAGUAACCACCUUGAUGCAGAUACCCUACGGCUUCCUCAUCGCCAUUUCAACCCUCACAUGCAUCUUCCUCAACGACCGCUUCGAGAACCGCCGCUGCGUGUUCAUCCUGAUCUUCCUCCUUCCCAACAUCGCCGGCGCCUUCGGCCUGCGCUUCGUCCCAUUAGACCAGAAAGUCGGCCGUCUGAUCUGCUAUUAUCUAACCGGGCCAUACAAUGCGGCCUUUGUCUUGAUCCUGAGCAUGCAGAUCGCGAACACAGCCGGCCACACAAAGAAAGUCGUCACCAACGCCGUUCUUUUCCUGGGCUAUUGUACCGGUAACAUUGCAGGCCCCUUUUUCUACAAGACUAGCCAGAAGCCCACAUACAAUCUUGGCAUCUGGUCCAUGAUCGUCUCACAUUUGAUCGAGGUCGUCCUGAUCGCCACGCUUGGGCUGCUGCUGCGCUGGGAGAAUCGGAAGCGGGAUCGCAUCCAGUCGCGGAUGGAGGGCGGGCUGGAGGGCCGGGAUCUGGAUUCUACGGCGUUUCUGGAUCUGACGGAUCGGGAGAAUCUGAAUGGAGUGGAGGCGUGCGGUGAUGGCUGA